AACUCUUUUUUAAUAGGUGAUCGAUCAUACACACUCGGACACACCCGUCGACAUCCAAAAACGUAGUGGCACAAACACAAUUCGGUUAAAAAUAAGCAUAUUCCCUCCCUCGUUCUUUUCCAAUCUAUCUCUCCCUUAAUUUGCAGUUCGCUCUGUAUCCGUGUGUGUGUGUGUUUUUUUUCCGUUACAGACUUUCGCACCUUUCUUUUUCCUUCUCAACGUUUCCAACGUCAGCUAGAGAAAAAGAGAGUGAGAGAGCCACACAGGGACAGAGUGAGCCCGAGAAAAUCCGAGGCCUUUUUCCUGGAAAUCGUAGCGGAGGAGGAGAGAUGGAUCUGUGGGCCUUGCAUGUCAAGAACACCACUCGAACCCCUAUCUUGCUCCGAAACUCGUCUCCCGAGAUACCCAUAUGCUUGAACCUGGGAAAAAAAGUCAAUUCUUUCCGCAAAGUUGGGGAUUGUGGGUUCUUUGAGAUCAGGGUUUUGAGAAAGCGCAGGGUUUUCACUUCUUCUUCGUUGGUUAUCAGAGCUAUGGCGAAGAAGAAUCACGAAAACUCCGGAAACGGUGAUCGAUCUAUUCCAGAAGGAGAUGGUGUGAAAAAGAACAAUUCUUCUGAUGGCAACAAAUCCAAUGACGCUGCUUCCAAUAAAUCACACCGUAUAAAAUUGGACUGGAGAGAGUUUAGAGCAAAUUUAUUUGCUCGGGAACAGUCAGAGAAGCCAGAGUCUGAUGCUCACGGUGAAGGUGUGAAACCCCACGAGUCCAAAUCUCUCGGCCUAAAAUGGGCCCAUCCUAUUCCAGUUCCUGAAACUGGCUGUGUCCUUGUUGCCACAGAAAAGCUUGAUGGAGUGCGAACUUUUGAAAGAACCGUUGUUCUCCUUCUCAGAUCUGGAACCAGACACCCACAAGAAGGCCCAUUUGGAGUCGUCAUCAACCGCCCUCUUAACAAAAAAAUCAAACACAUGAAACCCAGUAAUCUUGAUCUAGCAAGCACUUUUUCUGAUUGUUCCUUGCAUUUUGGAGGUCCUCUUGAGGCAAGCAUGUUUUUGUUAAAAACCGGAGAAAAAUCCAAGCUUCCUGGGUUUGAGGAGGUGAUCCCUGGCCUCUGCUUUGGCGCUCGAAACAGUUUGGAUGAAGCUGCGGGGCUGGUAAAGAAGGGUGUUCUUAAGCCUCAGGAUUUCAGGUUCUUUGUCGGUUAUGCUGGGUGGCAGCUGGACCAAUUGAGAGAGGAGAUUGAAUCUGACUACUGGUAUGUGGCUGCUUGCAGCUCAAACCUGAUCAGUGGGGGUCUAUCUGAUUCUUCAUCAGAAGGUUUAUGGGAGGAGAUUUUGCAGCUAAUGGGCGGUCCCUACUCAGAAUUGAGCCGGAAGCCUAAGCAAGAUAUGUAGUUAUUGGACGAGUCUAUGGAUGCUUACUAAAUAAAAAUCCAAUCCAAGAGUUGUAGCGAUACGUGUAAUCAAACUCUUGAGUAAAGCCAAUUGUAUAGGAAGUUCUCUGGCUCUUCAAUUCCAUAGAUCUUUCCGUUUCUGAGCAA